CUAAGAUAAAAAAUUCGAGAAAAAAAACUUUUUUUCAAAAGGGUGGUAAAGUAUCCAUGGAUUCACCCCAUAUAAAGAACUAUUGAGAGAUGAAAUACUAUAUACCGUUAACAUUAGCCGGUGAUAAAAACAAUAGACAUGUAUAUUAUUUACAUAACAAUCAAUGGCGUUUGUAUUAAUGAGUUUUUUUUACAUAUAUUUGCCGUCAAUUUUCUUCUCGUAUGAUAAGAAUAUAAGUGAUGGAUCAUUAGAAAAGUACCUCAAAUUUUAUAGAGGAAAUUGAAAUAUAGAAGCAACUAUAGUUGUUUAAAAUAAAUGACGAUCAAAUAUAUAGAUUAUUGAGUUUAUACAAUCACUUAACGUAUUAAAAACUUAUAGUAAAAUUGUUCAUUUUAAAAUAGAAAUUAUAAGAAGAAUGAAAAGCAAAUAUUUAAGUACAAAACAUGACUAAUACUUUGUUAGAUCAAUAAGAACAUAAGUUUUCGAAUGGUGUAAAACAAAAUAUGAGAAGAAAUCAAUAUUUACAAUUGAAACUCAAGUUAUUUCUCUUUUUUGUUUUAUAAUGCAUAUAUAAAAUCAUUUUUGUACUUACAAGAUUAGUAAUCUUGUUCUCAAACUUUUUAAAAUAUGAUGAAAAUAUUUACUUCUAAAUAUACGAUUUUAAUAUUGCUAAUAUUCAUUUUUCAAAAUGAAAAUAUUGCUGCAAGUAAGUUGAACUUUACAAGAGUAGAUAACAACUUUUUUUCCUUCAUACUUUUAAUAUUCAGUUACAUGCGAUAAUUAUAAUAUCACAUAUUCUCAACAAAAUGAUGCUGUGACAAUAAAUUUUUCAUCAAAUGAUCUAUUAAAAUUAAAUCGAACAGUUCAAUGUACACCAACUUCUACAGAAGAAAUAGUCUAUGGAUGUGCACAUCAAUGUGUUGGAUUAGGAUAUGGACAAGAAGGUGAAAUACUUAUUGAAAUGCAACAUGAUAACGGAACUAUACAACCUUGUACCAUAGCAUAUACUAUAGAAUUAUGCGAACCAACUUUAGCAUUUUUUAAUGUUCCUGGUGAUAAAGUUCGUUUAGGUAUUAAUCGUCCGAUGGGAUCUUUUGAUUAUGUUAAUGUUCAAUGUUCGAAUAAUGAAUCAUACGUAAUAUUCAAUACCAGCACACCAUCGAACAGUUCUAUAAUUACAGUCGAUUGUUCAUUCAUACCAAAUUUACCACUUAUGAGUUUUAUACUUGAAACUAUUAAAAAAGAUUUUCGUACCGCAGUUAAUCAUAUUAGUCAAGAAGUUCCAUUGCCUGUUCCAUUUGAUUUUUCUCUUGAUUCACGUGUACUAACUAUAAGAGCAUAUGCACCGCCAUUAAUGAAUCUAAAUAGUUCAUAUGAAUUUCAAUUGGUAUUUUUUGAUAAAAACGAUGAACAUAUUAUAUACAAAAGAGCAACAAUAGUCAAUCUUUUACCAAAUUUAGGUAUAUCAUUCAAUUAUAGUCUUAUACCAAAUCUUAAACAUAAAAUUAUUUUUACACAUAUUGUCAAUGCAACAAUGUAUGCUGAGUCAAGUUCAAUAGUGUCACCAAUAUCGAAUAUUCCAUAUCCAUUUGCAGUAAUAAACCUACAUAUAGAAGAAAAUUAUCAUAAUAUUAUUGUUAGUUGGAGUGAUUCACAUUCUUCAUAUGAUCAAAUCGAAUAUAUUGUUUCAUGUAAUUCAAAUAAUAAUUUGACAAGAAAUGUCGGUAGAAAUACAACAUAUGUUUGUGAAAAUAUAGCCUUUAAUGAAACGAAUAGUAUUUCUGUAGAAACAAGAUUAGCUAUACCUGGUUAUAUACAUGAUCGAAUGGUUAUUGCGAUAUUGGAUGUUCCACAAGUACCUCAAAUACCGAUAUUUGAAGUUUUUAAUAGAACAGAAACAAGUAUUACAGUUCGAUGGCAAUAUAAUAAUGAUUCAUUUUCAACAAAUACAUUCGAAUUUAAUAUAAAAUGUGGUUUAAAUGCAAAUCCUAUUCAAAUUGAUAUUCGAUCAAAUGAAUAUGUAUGUCAAUCACUUGAAGAAGGUACAAUUUAUGUUAUCACCAUGUUAGUAGGAAGUUUUUUUAAUAUUAUUCAACGAUCAUCAAGUAUUCAGACAAAUACAUUACUUCCAACAUGUCAAUAUCAAAGUCAUUUUUAUUCAUCUGAUUUUAAUGGUACUCGUUUUGUUAUUAUUGAAUGGAGUCCUCCAGAUAAAAAUUUCGAUAAGAUCUAUGUACAAUGUCUAUCAACAUAUAUUCCUUUUGAAUAUAAUCAAGUCACAUCAUUUAUGUACAUUAAAUGUAUAAUUUACAAUGGAGUACCAUUUAAUGUGACAUUUGCCACUGUUAAGAGCGGUUUUGAAUGGGCAAUAUUUCAAUUUACAGAUACUCCACCAAGCGAUUCAUCAUCAACAACAGCAUCAACAUCUUUAUCAACAGAAACAUCAUCGAUCACUGAUUCAGAUUGUUCUCAAGAUAUAUUCUUGAAAACAGAGAUCAACAUGAUAAAAUGGCGAACAGCUGCAAUAAUUGCUUUUAUAGUUGCCGGAGUUUUAGCUUUAUCUACUAUAUGUCUCAUUGUUUUUUCUGUUCUUUUAUAUUUACGAAAUCGAUAUAAUGUUCGUGAUGAAUAA